CUCUGUCUCUGUCUCUGUAUCUCUCUCCUUCUUCCUCCUAUUCUUUUUUCUCUCUCUUAACCGGUGGUGACCCCUUUCUCCUCCUCCGUCAAGGGGUCGCCCAUCUGGCCGUGUCUCUCGAUCGCUGUCUGAAACAAGGGAAAAUUCACAAAAAAAAAUAAAAAAUAAAAAAGAAGAAAAAUAUCAGAAACCCUAAUUCGCUCUAAUCACGUUCAGAACAAACAGAGAAGAAGAAGAGAAGAGAGAGAAGGAGAUGUCGGAGAUGGCAGCGUCUGACCCGGAGGGAAUCGAUGGAGUACGAAUGACAUGGAAUGUGUGGCCGAGAACGAAGGUGGAAGCGAGCAAGUGCGUGAUCCCGAUCGCCGCUGCGAUCACUCCGAUCCGGUCCCACCCCGACAUCCCUCCCCUCCCUUACCUCCCUCUCCGAUGCAAGACCUGCGCCGGCGUCCUCAAUCCCUACUGCCGCGUCGACUUCAACGCCAAAAUCUGGAUCUGUCCCUUUUGCUUCCAGCGCAACCAUUUCCCUCCCCAUUACUCCAUGAUCUCUGAGUCCAAUGUGCCUGCCGAGCUCUACCCUCAAUACACCACCGUCGAGUACACCGUCUCCGGCAACCCCGCCGCGCCUGCAGCCCAGCCACUGCCACCGGUUUUCCUCUUCGUUCUCGACACCAGCGUCAUCGAGGAGGAGAUAGGAUUCGUGAAAUCCGCGCUCAAGCAGGCACUUGGGUUGUUGCCCGAGAACGCCCUCAUUGGGUUCAUUUCGUUCGGGACUCAGGUCCAGGUUCACGAACUUGGGUUCUCGGAUCUUUCCAAGGUUUACAUCUUCCGUGGUAGCAAGGAAAUCUCCAAGGAACAAGUUUUGGAUCAUCUGGGCCUUGGUGCUUCGGCGCACAGGGCUGCCCCUGGGUAUCCGAAGGCCGUUCAGAAUGGAGUGCCCAAUUCCAGCGUAGUUAAUCGAUUUCUGCUUCCCGCUUCAGAAUGCGAAUAUACUCUUGACAUGCUAUUAGAUGAAUUGCAAACGGAUCAAUGGCCGGUUCAACCUGGUAAUAGGGCGUUGCGGUGCACGGGUGUAGCUCUAAGUGUUGCAGCAGGUCUAUUGGGGGCGUGCUCACCUGGCACCGGUGUUCGCAUUAUAGCUCUGGUGGGUGGCCCAUGCACUGAAGGCCCGGGUGCGAUUGUAUCAAAAGAUUUAUCUGAACCAGUGCGUUCUCAUAAAGAUCUUGAUAAAGAUGCAGCACCACAUUUUCAUAAAGCUGUGAACUUUUAUGAAAGUCUUUCCAAGCAGCUUGUUAGCCAGGGCCAUGUUUUAGAUCUGUUUGCUUCUGCACUUGAUCAGGUUGGGAUUGCAGAAAUGAAAGUUGCCAUUGAAAGAACUGGCGGGCUCAUUGUUCUAUCUGAAAGUUUUGGUCAUCCUGUAUUUAGAGACUCAUUUAAACGCAUAUUUGAGGAUGGUGAAGAGGCUCUUGGCCUUUGCUUCAAUGGGACUCUCGAGAUCAAUUGUUCAAAGGAUAUCAAAAUUCAGGGAAUAAUUGGACCAUGCACGUCUAUGGAGAAGAAAGGACCUUGUUGUGCUGAUACUGUCAUUGGUCAAGGGAACACGACAUCUUGGAAGAUGUGUGGCCUUGAUAAGAGGACGUGUUUCACAGUCUUCUUUGACAUUUCACCUAGUGAGCGAUCAAACCCUCCAGGAACUUCAAAUCCACAGUUAUAUUUACAGUUUCUAACAAAUUAUCAGAAUCCUGAAGGACAAACAAGGUUCAGAGUUACAACUGUUACAAGGAAGUGGGUAGAUGGUGCUGUUAAUACAGAGGAAUUUGUUGAUGGAUUUGAUCAAGAGACUGCUGCUGUUGUAAUGGCAAGAUUGACUUCUUUGAAAAUGGAGAUGGAGGAAGAGUUUGAUGCAACGAGAUGGUUGGAUAGAUCCCUCAUCCGUCUAUGUUCCAGAUUUGGUGACUACAGGAAGGAUGAUCCUUCUUCAUUUACAUUGAACACUAGUUUCUCAUUAUUUCCUCAAUUUAUGUUUAAUCUACGGCGGUCACAAUUUGUACAGGUUUUUAACAAUAGUCCAGAUGAGACUGCCUAUUUUCGUAUGUUGUUAAAUCGGGAGAAUAUCCUCAACUCCGUGGUCAUGAUACAGCCGUCAUUGAUUGCAUAUUCAUUCCAUUCACUACCUAAGCCUGCAUUGUUGGAUGUAGCUUCUAUUUCAUCUGAGCAAAUUCUCUUGCUGGAUGCAUAUUUCAGUGUAGUUAUUUUCCAUGGAAUGACAAUAGCUCAGUGGCGAAAUGCUGGUUACCAGAAUCAGCCAGAACAUCGGGCCUUUGCCCAGCUAUUACAGGCUCCUCAUGAUGAUGCCCAAAUGAUAAUCCAGGAUCGAUUCCCUAUCCCACGAUUGGUGGUUUGUGAUCAGCAUGGCUCCCAGGCAAGAUUUUUACUUGCGAAAUUGAACCCAUCAACUACAUACAACUCAGCUCAUGAUAUAGCUCCUGGAUCAGAUGUGAUAUUCACAGACGAUGUAAGCCUCCAAGUGUUCAUUGAGCAUCUUCAGAGGCUAGCUGUGCAGUCUUGAUCGUACAAGAGAUUUUGAGGUGUUGAUACUUCUGUUUUAUUCCAUGAUGUGGCUGAAUUUCAUAUUCAAACCACCCAAUUUGUUUUUCCUUUCUUUCUCUUGUUCUUCAAAUCAGAGGCCAGCCUACAUUUUUGAAAAUAAGGAAUGCAUAUAAUUUUUUUCCUCUUUUUUGGGUUUUGAGAGGUGGCAUUGGCUUUCCUUGGAAGAAUAAGAUCAACACAAAGCAGAUUGUUUUGAAAGGAAGGAGGAUAUGGUGCAAGUUAGAAGUCUUGCUGCCUCAGCAGCAGGACUAGUCAGAUGCGGUUAUCAAAUUGGUUGUUUCUUUCUCUUCUUUUUGUAAGCCAGCAAAUGAGGAAACAUGUUUUAGUGUAUCUGAAUUAAGUUCACACAUGGGGCUUAAGGUCUUAGGUCCAUAAGUUCAAUAUUCUCCCAUUUCUUUCUAGGUUUCUAUUUCUCCCCCUUGCUCCAUUCUCUGUACAUCUAUCUAAUUUUGUCUCUCAUGGCAUUUCAAUUCAAACUGUCCAAGUGGAAAUGCUGCAUUUGAAUACCUCUCUGUCUCACUUGUUGAGAAUGCUAUUCAUUCUUCAUAAAUGUCUUA